AUGAUGUUUAUUCGAAAAAGGGAAGGAACCAAUCGGAGGCCGAUUAGUGUCCCGGAGCGGCUGUUGGUCGACAAUUUUAACGUUUUGAUUGGUCUGGGCCACCUCGUGCUUGCCUUGGCCGACCUAAUCACCAACCUUGGACCAUAUAGUCUAAAGGAAUGUUAUGUCUCUUAUAGACUUUGUGUCUAA